UUUGUAAAUCACAUUUGCUAUUGAAUUUGAACGCACUCUCAAUCGAAAAGCGUCUAUAGAAGAAUUGAUCGGUUCCAUGCGAAAUGUAAUUGGAAAGUGUAGGGUGUCUUCGAUAACCUACAAUGAUACUUGCAAGCAAACGAACUUUUGCGAUGAUAUAAUAGGAAUGCAUAAGAUAACAAUUGUUACCAUUGUUAUUUAAAGUCUUCGAGUUAAAAUGAUAAUUGAUUUUGGCAAGUGUAAAAAGUGGUAAUGUUUGCAGGGGUGUGGAGGAACGGUAGAAUGGAGGGUGCCGGAAUACUGACGUACCCUUGCGGUUACAAGUUUCACGGACAGUUCGACAGAAACUUACCGAAAGGUCCCGGGGUUUUCGCCUUCGAGGAUAAAUGGAUCCAGCAGGGUUUCUACAUAAACAUGCGCGAUCCAGCUUUCGAUUACGUCGGAGUGCAGGAGCUGGUGGAACCCGUCGAAGACGACGUUGAGGAUAGGUCGAAUCCUCGCGGCAUCGUCCCAAUUUGGCGCGCCAGGACGACGCUGAGCUACAAGCAGGAGCUGCUUCCACCGGAACCUCGUGAUCUGCCCAUCAAAGACUCUGAGGAUUCGCUGCUGGACAUCAUCGAUUACCUGCAACAGCAGUACAAAACAGAGCAGUAUUACGGUGAAGAAGAGGAGGGUGGCGGUGGCGGCGGCGAAGAGUUUCAUCAAUAACACUCUCGUUUGUUUCA